AUGGUAUUCGCGUAUCACCGCGGCGGGCACGAUACAUGUCUAGAUCUUGGAUGCGGCCAUGGCCUGAUUGCGCGUUUCCUGGCCCCGAAGUUCAAGAAGGUCUACGGCAUCGAUCCAUCGACUGGCAUGAUAGAGCAGGCGAAGAACCUGACCAAGGAGCAGAACGUUGAAUUCGUCCAAGCAGCUGCCGAGUCGCUUCCAUUCAUCGAGGAUAAAAGCGUAGACAUGGUUGUGGCUGGAGUAGCUGCACACUGGUUUAGCUACCCGCCGCUCUUCGCAGAGUUACAACGCGUGAUGAAGCCGGGUGGUACCCUCGCUUUCUGGGGAUAUUAUGAUCACUUCUUUGUGGACUACCCCAAGGGCACCGCAGUAAUGCAAGAGUAUUGUUAUGGCCUGGACAAGGACAGUCUUGCCAAAUACUGGAUCCAGCCUGGAAGCACGAUCAUGCGGGAGAAGCUACGGGCUAUCCAGCCACCGACAGACCAAUGGGCAGAUAUUCAACGGCUUGAAUACCAGCCAGGUCUUAACGGCCCUGAUUCGGGCGAGGGAACGAAGUUUAUGGAAGCUGAGAUCACACUCGGUCAGGCAACUGAGUAUGUCCGUACAUGGAGUGCAUAUCAACGCUGGAAAGACGACCAUCCAGACCAAGUUCGACGGAGCGAGGGUGGGACUGGCGAUAUUGCAGACCAGAUGUUAGAGGCCAUCAUUAAGUCAGAGGACGGCCUGCGGGAUAUCCCGUCUCCAGAGGACAAACUCGUAAAGAUUGAAUGGGUCAGCGCUCUGGUCCUGGCACGAAAACUGUGA